UAGUUUGCUCUCCCCACAGAGCCGUUUGGACUUACUACCAGAAACCAGCCUUUAAUUCUGUCUGCUAAGCAGUUUAAGGGAAAACACACACCAGGAAUCUGAUCGCUUGGUCACCGUCUGUGCUGUGUGGGUUUGAAUUAGAAGGACCAUCAGUGUUUUUCUUCAUUUCUUCUCAUUUUAACUCUUUGAAGAAGACAUAAAGGAGGAUGGGUGCUCAGUUAUCUAAAGGUGAAGCUACAGUGGAAGGAAAUGCCGUGGCUGAGAAAGCCAAUGGUCAGGAAAAUGGCCAUGUGAAAACCAAUGGCGAUGUCAAGCCAGAGGGAGAUGCAGUCGUAGUUGAUGGCAACGGAACAGCGGAGGUUGCCAAGGAGACGGAGGCAGGAGAUGGCAUUGAAUCCGCGCCUGCCACCGAGGGCGAUGGCACCAAAUCUGAAGGCGAACCGACAAAGGAAACCAAGAAGAAGAAGAAAUUUUCACUGAAGAACUCCUUCAAAUUUAAGGGCAUCCUGAAAAAGAACAAGAAAGGAAGUGAGGAAGGUGGGGAAAACGCAGCCACGCCCAUUGCCGAAGACAAACCUGAGGAGAACGGCCAGGCUGCUACGGAAACCAAAGAGGAUGAGCCUGCUGCAGAAGAGAACGAUGAGACUCCAGCAGCACCCGAGGCAGAGGCGGAGCCAAAGGCAGAAGACUCCGCCCAGGAAGCAGAAGCUGCACCCACAGAGGAAACUACAAAAUCUGACGAGACCCCCGACCCUGCUGAGACCGUGCCCACCACAACCUCGGACCCAGAGCCAGCUGCGGAGUGACCUCGCUUUGCAAUGGCAACCAGACUGUUUUUCUUUAUCCUUUUUCUUUUUGAGAUUAAAAAUAUAUAAAUAUAUAUAAAUAUUUGAGACUUGAGCCACAAUCUUAAAGUUACAGCAAUACUACAGAGAAACCAAGUUGUUUUUACCACAUUUGCUGAUAACGGUUACUAGUUCAUGGUUCGUCCGGUUCUGUUCCUGAUCCGUGUGUUAGUGCGGAGAACUUUGUGGUGCCACAGAUUGGGCCAGGAAUGCUCUGUGUGUGGAUUAGAACGAUUUAUGGAAUUUUCGCCUCAGAGGAAGAGCAGUGUUUGGAAGAGCGUGGCUGCCUGUUCACAAUCUUUCUUCUUUUUUUCUUUUACACUUCAUCCGAUCUUUGAAUUUUCAGGGCUGAUGAGUGAAAUGACAAAUUGUCCUCUUAGGAGAUGGUUGAAGGACAAUGUAAAUCCUCUAAAAUGUUUUUUCCUUGUUUUUAAAUAGCUCUACAUUUCAAUUUUUUAGCCCUGAAAACUGUAUGGUGUCGAAAAACCUGGGAGAGUGGAUAGUUUUUUAGUCUUAGUCUGUUUUUAAUGUUUUUAUAGUUUUAUUCAGAUCCAUCUAGACAUCUCAGAGUUUACGACAAAGGGGAAUUACACCACUGCUUUUAUCAAAUAUAUAUUUUUGUUCUGUUAUGUCUCUGUACAUACAUUUUCUGACUCUUUAUUUUGCUAACAUUUCCAGAUGUGAAUAAGCUGAUGUUGUAAGAUUAGGCCAAAUAAAUGUUUGACCCCCCUC